UAUAAAGAGUCUGUGGCUCAUGUUUGUUUCCACUUCUCUGCAGAGCUGCGACAGAGAGAGGAUGAAGAGGAGACAGCAGCACUCAGCUGAAGGUACCUCUGUUGAUCCAGAUGACCGAUCACCAGAUGAUAUGGAGACGACAUCAUCAAAUCCUGAUGGCGACACACAGGAGUCAGACUCAGACCAUCAGACACUCUCAGUGGAGUGUCCAAAAUGUGGGAGCAACAUUCAGGUGCCAGUUGAUGCUGGGGUGGAGGUCACAGAUAAAUAUCAGCCAGCCUCCUCCAACCAGAACAGGACCUGUGGAGAGGACUGGGUGUCACUGAGUGAGGACCAAGUGAACCUGGACGAGGUCUUACAGGAACUGAGAGGCUUGAUACCAGAUCAACUGUAUUCAUCUGCUGAACGUUUGGUGAACGACAUGAAAAAGAUCCCAGAAAACUCUGAACAUCUGGUGGACCUCGUAGGUCAUAUGAAGGAACAUCUGAAGAGUUUGAAGGAACAUUUCAAACCUCAAAAAUCUAACAAAGCAGCUAAAUCUCCAUCGUCAUAUUCAUGCUGUACCUAUAAAGUGAAGCUCUACAGUGUUGUCACUGGUAAAACCUUUGGUGCUGAUGACGUCAUACUGGAGCAAGUAAAGAAUAAAAGAUGGACAGCAACACUGAUGGAGGUGACCACAGAUCCUCAGGACUGCUACGUCAUCAUUGUCUUCUGUCCAAUCACGUCUCGUGUUGGAUCAGAUGUGGAGGCAGCCAUGAGACGUGAGGAAGUGUCUCAGAGUCAGAAACCUGUCAUCUUAGUGAUGAUGCAUCACACCAGAGAAGUCGACUAUUCACCUGAUGGAAGAAAAUGGUGUGAAAAGUAUCGAAACGUCGUCUCUGAGGUUCAUGUUCUCUUCCAUGAGACUCAGCCGGGCUUACUGAGAUGUGACAGGAAUGAUCAGGCAUUUGAACAAAUUCAAAAUGAGGUGUACAAACACAGUAAAGGCAGACGGCCUUGGUGACUUUCUGGUCUGGAUGUGGAACAAAAAGCAACAAACAAUGAAGUAAAGAAAGCAGCAGGAUGGUGAGAUUCAUGUUAGUGAUCAAUGACAGAAACAGAGAAACACAGUUUGACCUUCUCCUGAGUGAAUCUGAUUUAAUAUCACUGAUCACAGCUGCUUCACACUGUAUUUCUGCUCUAUAGUUACUGAGUGUCUUUCCUCUUUUUAUUCACAUUUUCAGUCUGCACAUAAACAAAUAAUCAAAGUUUUAUCUGCUGAGCUGAGGAUGAAUAAACUCUGACAUCCAUGAAGAGAAUAAACAUCAGAUCUGAACCUUCCUCACAUUAAAACAUUCAAACAGAAACAUGGUUUCCCAUCGUCUGAUCUUUGACUGCAGCUCUGUUAAUGACCUCCUCCUCCUCUUCUUCUUCUGUGGUGGUUUAACAGCAGCGACUGGAGACCCAGCUCCUCCAGCUGUUGAUGGCUCAGAUUGGACUCUGUACAUGACACUGUUGACUGUUUGCCUGUGUGUUGGAUUAAAUGUUUCAUCUCAGUGUGAGGUGAUGUUUGACGUUUGUUUCUGCUGCUGACAGCAGCUGGAGUUUCACUAACUUCAGCUGUGAGUCUGUUUCCUGGUUACACCUGGUUUGUUAGAUUUAACCCUUUAAUGUCUGAGCUGUUAAUAAGAUAAGAUGUGGUGCUUGAUGACAAGAUGACUGAGCUGAACUUUACAUUUUAUUUCCCUUUUGGUCAGAACCAUGACGAGUUAAACAAUGAUUAAAAAAGUUCAUGUUAUUAUGUUUUUCACAGCAGUUAAAAGAUGAUAUGAAAAGAUUUCAUUAGUUCAUAUUAACUGACAUAAACAGAAUCAGAGAAUGUAAAAAUCAGAUGAAAUACAUUAUUUGACAUGAGGUUAAAAACUGUAUAAAUGAAGUGAUGAGUUUACUUUCAGAUGGAUGUAUAUUUCUCUGGUGUUGACAUGAAGCAGCAUCGACAGCACUGGUUAAAACAUCAGUGUUUUCUAUGUUUUUCUGAUUCAUUCAAAGGUUUUCCACCUGA